AUCGCGGGGGAGCAAAGGAGGCGCUCGGGGAAGACGCAGCAAGCCUCGGGCUCCUGCAAUUGCGCCGUCGAAACUUUUCCUUCCAAUAGAGGCUGGCGGGCUAUGCCCGAUCUCAGCGGCACCCAUUGCCUCUAGGACCCAGCGGGCUCCGACGCACUUUUUUCAGGGAGCCGGCGGCUGCCGCCGUUCAUGCCCAUGUAUGUGCCGCGGUGGCUGACUCGUUGGAGCCGGGCGCUGCGGGUGGCGGCCGCUCCAUUAAUAGCCCCGCGAGAGGCGCCGCCAUCCCGGAGCCGCGUUGCUUGAAGGCAGCGGCGCCCCUAGAGUCAUGCGCGCCGCAGCCCCUUCCCAGAUGGAACGCCUGGAGAAGUUCCAGAGCCCCGGGAAGGGCCGGGGCCUGCGGGCGCUGCGCCGUUUCGUCGUUGGGGAGCUGCUCUUCUCUUGCCCGGCCUUCACUUGCGUGCUGACCGUCAACGAGAGGGGCAACCAUUGCGAAUGCUGCUUUGCCAGGAAAGAAGGAUUGUCCCGAUGUGGAAAAUGCAAGCAGGCUUUUUACUGCAAUGUGGAAUGCCAGAAACAAGAUUGGCCAUUGCACAAAUUGGAGUGUUCUGCCAUGUGCGUAUUUGGACAGAACUGGAAUCCCUCUGAGACAGUCAGACUCACAGCAAGGAUUCUUGCCAAGCAGAAAACACACCUGGAAAGGACUGAGUCAGAGAAACUCCUUUCUAUAAAAGAAUUUGAAUCCCAUCUUGAUAAGCUUGACAAUGAAAAGAAGGAGCUAAUUCAAAAUGAUAUCUCUGCUCUUCACCACUUUUAUUCAAAGCACAUAGAAUACCCUGACAAUGAAGCUCUGGUGGUACUUUUUGGACAGGUUAAUUGCAAUGGCUUCACAAUUGAAGAUGAAGAACUUUCACACUUGGGAUCAGCAAUAUUUCCCGAUGUGGCACUUAUGAACCACAGUUGUUGCCCCAAUGUGAUUGUUACCUAUAAAGGGACGGUGGCUGAAGUCAGAGCAGUUCAAGAGAUUGAAGCAGGAGAUGAGAUUUUUACCAGUUACAUUGACUUAUUGUAUCCAACAGAAGAUAGGAAUGAUCGAUUAAAAGAUUCCUAUUUCUUUACCUGUGAUUGCAGGGAAUGUUUUACUAAAGAAAAGGACAAAGAUAAACUGGAAAUCCGUAAACUGAAUGAGCCUCCGUCUACGGAGGCUGUGCGAGAUAUGAUCAGAUAUGCCAGAAAUGUGAUUGAGGAAUUCAGGCGGGCCAAACAUUACAAAUCCCCAGGUGAACUGCAGGAGAUUUGUGAGCUCAGUCUGGACAAGAUGGGUUCUGUGUUUGCAGAGAGUAAUGUUUACAUGUUACAUAUGAUGUAUCAGGCCAUGGGAGUUUGUCUGUACAUACAAGACUGGGAAGGUGCUUUGCGCUACGGGCAGAAGAUUAUUAAGCCAUAUAGUAAGCACUAUCCAUCUUACUCUCUCAAUGUGGCAUCCAUGUGGCUGAAGCUGGGAAGACUUUACAUGGGCUUGGAAAACAGAUCAGCUGGUGUUAAGGCUCUCAAAAAGGUGUUGAAGCAUCACUGGAACGUCUACUUUCUGCAAAGAGGAAGAGAAAAUGCAUAGCAACAUUAUCGCUGUAGAGCUAAACAAAAUAAUAUAGGAGUCAAACAAUUGUUGCAUUUGCUUUCUUUAAUUCUUAUUCUGCACCAUUAAAUCCCAUUGCUGUAUCAGUUAGUGGUUUUCUUUUUUUUUUCUGGGAAUCACAACAGUAGGAUAAAUAUAAAUACAGAAGAACAACUAAGUCCAGGUUUGCAUACAAUUUGGGAAGCAUCAACCUAAAAUUAAACUGGACAGCAUUCUUAGAUUAGAGGUCCAUUUAGUUUCAUUUCUCUUGUGCUCUAAAUUGUAUCAGAGACACAUAAGAUGUUUCUUUAUUCAUGGGAAGAGUUUUCAUGUGAAAGAAAAAAAACAAGAAGAGUGAAUUGUUGAGAUUAUUAGCACGUAUUUGUUCUAGAGCAGGGGUCAGCAACCCGCGGUCUGGAGCCACAUGUGGCUCUUUCAUCCCUCUGCUGUGGCUCCCUGUUGCUGGUCGGCUCCACAAUUGAUAGGGCUUUCAGUUCGGACAGGUAGAGGGAAAAGGAUGCUGCGCUAGGAGGAGACUAUGGUGGGGGAAUCAACUUCCAGUUGGCAGAGGAAAAAGGAUGCCGUGCUAGAAGACUCUAUGGUGGAGGAACCGGAUUUCUGGUUGGCUCUAGAAUUGAACAGGGGCUUCCAUUAGAACCUUUGUGGCUCUUUGAGUGUUUAAGGUUGCCAACCCCUGUUCUAGAGGAUUGUUAUCUUUAUCAAGGCAAGAAAAGAAAUGGUUCAAUUCAUAUUCUGCAACUAAUAUAAAUCCAAUAAUUAACAUAGCCUCAGAAUGGCCAUUCUGAUUGUUUAAAAAUGUGUCAGUUAAGUUCAAGAAGACAUCUAAAGACUAUUUAUUAGAAUGAUGCUUAACAAGAUAUAUUUAGAACUCCAGUCUUACUGCCUUGCAACCACUAGUGAGGCAAAUAUAAGAAGAAGACUGCAUAAAUAUUUUUACACCAUUCUUCUUCCUGGACCCUCUUCGCCAAAGAAUCGCAAAAGCUAAGAGGUGCACAGAGGGUUCUAUACAACCCAAUAAAAUUGAAUACAUAAAGAUGCUAUAGAAUAUUUAUAUUCUAGCAUGUUCAAAACACAAAUAUAAACUUCAAUAUCCCAGCUUAUUUUUUUUUCUUGCUAGAACUUCUUUCAUUGGCAGAAACAGGAUAGCAUCAUUUUCCUAUUCUCUGCAGCCCUUCGCCAUCCUUCAUAUUUGCUUCGAAAGUUUAAAAAAACAACAUUGAGAGGCAUAAUUGGGAUUACAGGUGUCUUACUAUGAGGAGGGAAGUUUCCUUGUGCAAAGUUUGUUCUUUAUGAAAAGCAGUUCUUAACCGGUUUCAAUAUUUGCAUUUUUGCAUUCACUUUCCACCAAUGUUCCUUUGUUUCCCGAUAAAGGUAUUUCCUUACUUAAUUUGUUCUAAUAAAGAACAAAUUUCAAAAGUUGUUAUUCUACCUAAAUAUGAUCCUGUUUUACAACAGAGAUGUAAGAUAGUUGUCUUCAAAUAGGACAGUUGAAGGACUGUCUUACUGAUGAUGUAGUAAACUUGUUUGGUGUUCUCUAGAAGGCAAGAAACAAUGAGCUGAAUGGAUAAUUCAGAUUUUGACUGGACAUCAGAAAAAUUUUCCAAUGAUAAGAGCUGUUCAACAAUGAAACUGUAUUAGGGAACUCCUGUACUGGAAAAAGAGUUAAGAGUAGUUGAUUUCAAAAUUCACUCCAAUUCUAACUUUCUAUGAUUAUUGUAAGUAGCACAGUUCUUUCCCAGUGCUAUUCCCAUCACCUAGACAUUUCAAACAAGUUCAGCAUAUAUAAUGCCAAUUCCUGUUGAUCUUCAUUGAUGGCACCCUAUGCUUGAAUAGCAUCAUAAUAUACUUUUAUCUAUUUUGGGAUGAAGAGCUACUUUGAGUAACACACUGAAAUCUGAUAAUGCAAAACUUCAAAUGAUUUGUUAAACUUACUGUAAAUUAAACACAAUUAGUAUUAAUGUUCCCAAUAAUCUCCCUUUUUAUGACCCUGUAAUCUUCAGGGUGGAGUAGGGGUAACUGGAUGGAGCUGAGAGUUUACUAGCCAAAUGCCCUUCCCCACACCAUGCGGAGUUCACAGAUUUUUUUUUUUUUUGCACCCUAGAAGAGAAACAUCUGCUGCUACCCAGAUUGAAUGCUCAACCUUCUAAAUGGGAGGUGAGCAUCUUCACCACUAGGUCACUGUGGCACUCAGUACUAUUGCUCCCAAUGAAAUUUAAAAUUUCAGUUUUCUGUCACACUAUAAUUUAAGUAUUAUAGUUCAGAGGAACUCUAGAGACUAUGAGAGGUAACUCUAGAGACUAUGAGAGGUAAUUUUGCCUUGGGACUUUCAGCUAAGUGCCAUUCCUCUACCAGGUCCUAUACAACACAUUUUAUUUGAACCAUCAGAUUGCUCUCUUUGUUUUAAACAAGUACGGAUAAGGAUCUCAGUUUUCUUCUUCUCAACUUUGUUAACUUUCAGACCUUACCAAAGAACGUUGCUGUGUGGAAUUUGAUCAACAGCAGCCUAAAUUCCUUUGCUAAGCUAGUUAGAACAUAGUUCAAUCUAAGCAAGAAAAAAAUGCAGGCUAGUUUGGACUUGCAGGGCUCAACCCAACUCUUAAUAGCCGAGUGUUUGAUUUUCAGUCAUAAUUCUCGUAUUUGCUGCAAAAACAAAUCUAUGACAAUAUCCUUGUUUUCCAAGCCAAGCUUCAAAACCACUUGAGAGGACAGGGACAAAUAUUGGACAGUGUGCUUUCAAAUCUCUUUUUUAAAAAAAACAACAAAAAUCUUGAAAAAAGGCAAGUGGGGGAUGGGACGUGCAAAAUUAUUCAUGGAGAGAAGGAGAUCUGUCUCUUUUUCUCAUUGUACUACAAGCUGGGAUUUGGAGACUCCACCAUGAAAUUGCUGAACUAGAACUAAUUAAGAAGUUUCCCUAUAUUUAGAUUUGAGUGGAGACAUUUGUUUUCUGUUCCACUACAGAUGUUAAUUAGCAUACUUUACUGGGAUGGCUGGAUCAUUACCAAUGGCUGUUGUUCUGAACGGUCAAUUUACUUAUCUUGAGUUUUACAAAGAUCUCCCCCCCCUUUUUUUUUUUUUUGCAUUCCAUUGGCAUUAGACUUCAUUUCUUUUUCAUGUCUCUGUGUGACUUUGCAGAUGCAUAGGCCAGUGUGUAUAAACUAUGUUGAUUGCCGAUUGAGGCUUCUGCCACAAUAAGAAAUGUAUUCCGAUUAUCCUAUCUGGUUACAUAAGUCACAUUUGUUAGUUUUAAGGACCUACAAGAGUGUUGCUUUUGUGGCACAGUGCAAUAUGGUGACUCCUUUAGUAUUGGUGGACCUUUUCCUGCACACAUUUGUACUUCACCCUGCAGUGACGCUCCCUGGACUGCACCUCUUCUUAGGAAGAAAUACAUAACUUCAGGAAGACCCUU